UCUGUCCCCAAGUUAGGCAAGGAAAUUCACUAAGUUUCAAAAUGCGCAUCUAUUUCGAUAUUGACAGAAGUUUGUAAGCAAUUGAACUUGAGCACUAGUAUAAGAGUAGCAUUUAAUUAUGAAGGUCCAUUAUUGUUUGACAACCUAUUGGGAUGCCAAUGGAUAUUAGAACCAGAAGCGUCUGUGCUUUAAAUGGCUCCAUGUUCUUCUUCCUUCUGAUUUUCUUAUUCAGCUUGCUUCCAUCCCAUUAUCAUUGCGCUGACAUUGUUAAGAUAACUCCUUCGCAACCAUUAGCGCAGGGACAAACUCUAGUUUCCCCUGGCCACAUUUUUGAGUUAGGCUUCUUCAGUCCUAAUAACUCUGCUAACAAGUAUGUGGGGAUAUGGCACAAAGAUAUAUCUCCGCGAAAAGUUGUAUGGGUGGCCAACAGAGAAAAUCCUCUUGCAGCUACAGACACCUCGGCGAGCUUGACUGUUAGCAGCAAUGGGAAUCUGAAGCUUGUUGAUGGGAAACAGAAGUCUAUUUGGUCUACCAAUGUUACUUCUUUGGUGUCAUCAUUGGAUAAUAGUUCAGUUGCUGCAGUUCUUUUAGACAAUGGAAACUUUGUUGUCAAUGAUCAUCUGGGAGCUGACUUAUGGCAGAGCUUUGAUCAUCCUGGUGACACAGUCCUGCCAAACAUGGUUUUGCGUUACGAUAAGUCUGGAAAGGGGAACUUCUUGAGUUCUUGGAAAGCAGAGAAUGAUCCAUCACCAGGGAGAUUCUUGCUUGGAUUGGCGCCACAGACGCCGUCACAAGUGUUCAUUUGGAUAAAUAAUGGAUCAAAUGAUUCACAUUCAGUUCCUUACUGGAGAAGUGGACCGUGGGAUAAGUCAAGCUUCAUUGGUGUACCAGAAAUGGAUCAUCGAUAUAUAAAUGGAUUUAGUGUAGAUGAUAACUUAAAGCAGGGCACGCAAGAUUUUUCUUAUAGUUUAUAUGACAAACCUGUGGCAUACAUAUACAUAUCUCCGGAAGGAAUAGUGAGGCUUACAUUUUCGAAGAAUGAUGGGAAGUGGUAUGUUUAUUGGCAGACACCUAAGAAUGCAUGUGACAUUUAUGGAGCUUGUGGACCUUUUGGAGUUUGCAAAGCUUCUGCAUCUCCAAUCUGUAGGUGUUUGAAAGGUUUUGUACCGAAGUCAAGCGCGCAAUGGAGCAAAGGAAACUGGACAGGAGGGUGUGUGAGGCAGACCAAAUUGUUUUGUGAGAGACAAACAAAUAAAUCAGUCUCAUCAAGAGGAAAACAAGUUGGUGAUGAUGGGUUUUGGAAGAUGGUGAAGUUGAAAAUACCAGAUUCUCAUGAGUUCAUUACUGCUUUCAAUGCUGAAGAAACGUCCGACGACUGCAAAUUACGGUGCCUAACCAACUGUUCUUGCCUUGCUUAUGCAUUUGUCAAUAAUAUAGGGUGUUUGGUGUGGUCCAAAGAUCUUAUUGAUAUACAGCAGUUUUCGGCAUCUGUCGGAGUAGAUAUUUAUAUUCGCCUAGCACGCUCCGAACUAGGUGAAGGAAAGCCAAUAAAGUUAAUCGCCAGCCUUACAGCUAUUGGUUUUGUGAGUAUCUUGGCAGCCAUAGUAUUCGGAUUUUACAGGAGGCAAGCUAACCAGAAGAGACAGAACUUUAAAUCGACUGGUAUGAUUAAGAGUUCAAGAGAUGGUCUCCGAGAAUAUAUAGGAAAGCAUGAUCCCUCAGAGCUAAAGAUAUAUGAUUUUGAUAGCAUACUAAUUGCUACAAACAAUUUCAGUCUCGCAAACAAACUUGGGCAAGGAGGAUUUGGCCCAGUCUAUAAGGGUAUGCUACAAGAUGGGAAGGAAGUAGCUGUAAAGAGACUAUCUAGUAGCUCAGGACAAGGCAUUGAAGAGUUCAAGAACGAGAUGUUGUUGAUCUCCAAUCUUCAACAUAAAAAUCUAGUUAGGAUCAUGGGUUGCUGCGUUAAAGAGGAUGAGAAGUUACUGAUUUACGAGUUCAUGCCAAACAAAAGCUUGGAUACUUUUCUAUUCGAUACGAGGAAGAGAGCCGUGCUUGAUUGGGUGACACGCUUUAAUAUUAUUCAGGGUAUUGCUAGAGGGCUUCUUUAUCUUCAUCAUGAUUCGUAUGUGAAGGUAAUACAUAGAGAUCUGAAAGUCAGCAACAUUCUCUUGGAUGAGAAAAUGAAUCCAAAAAUUUCAGAUUUUGGAUUAGCACGCAUAAUUGAAGGAACACAAAAUCUAGAAAAUACUCAAAAAGUUGUGGGAACACGUGGCUACAUGUCUCCUGAGUAUGCCAUGGGGGGGAUUUUUUCUGAAAAAUCUGAUGUCUACAGCUUCGGGGUUUUGAUGUUGGAGAUUAUUAGCAGCAAGAAGAAUACCAGCUUCUCUUUAUAUGACCAACAGCUAGGCUUUCUAGCCUAUGCAUGGAACUUGUGGAAUGAAGGCAGGGGGUUGGAGUUGGUAGAUGAAAUAUUGGGCGAUUCGUAUUCCUCAUUGGAAGUACUAAAAUGCAUACAUAUCGGGCUUCUGUGUGUACAAGACAAUGCUGUGGAUAGGCCAACCAUGGCAGAUAUAGCUUUGAUGUUAAGUAGUGAGAAAGAUGGUCCACAACCUAAACUGCCUGUAUUCACUAUCCAAAACACAGCUCAUUAUCCUCAACCACACUCUGAGAAUACAAAUUCCUCCAAAAAUGAAGCUAGCAUUACAAUGAUUGAAGGACGAUAAGCGAUAGCAACUUACACCACAAUGCAAUGCUUUUCAGUCAUUCUCAAGGGUUCUUAUACAUAUUGAGGGUUUUCUUUUCGAUGUAGAAAACAACUUGUUUCUCUUGGAUUAAGUAGUAUAUGAAGGCAUCUUCAUAAAGAAGAUGCACCUUCAUUCAUGAGUUUAGACAAUAUUGUAUUGACAAUUAUUUAUAUAAAAAUUAAGUCUCCAGCA